GUGUUCACAAAGGACAUGUUUGACAGGAAGAGGAAGCAGAGUUGGGGUCCUGUCUGCUACUGAAUCUUGCAGUGAGGAUUUCUGCUCUGGCUGUAUCUGGUAAAUGAUUUUAGCCCGUUCCUUGAUCAAAAUGGCAGGCAACAAUGCAGUUUUGAACAGAUUGGAGCAGAAGGGUGCAGAAGCAGAUCAAGUUAUCGAAUACCUGAAGCAACAAGUUGCUCUCCUGAAGGAAAAAGCCAUCUUGCAGGCGUCUUUGAGGGAAGAAAAGAAACUUCGUGUGGAAAAUGCUAAACUGAAGAAAGAAAUCGAAGUACUGAAGCAGCAAUUGAUCCAGGCGGAAAUUCGGCAUGGAGUGAAACAGAUCCCUGUACCGCACAGCAACAUAUCUUCAUUUUCAGAAGGUGUCACCCAGCCUGUGCCUACAGCAGUUGCACCAUCUGCUGCUAAAGACCAACCUAAAGGAGCUGGUGAAGAAAAGAAGAAAAAAGAGAAAGCAGAAAAGAAAGGAGAGAAGAAAGAGAAAAAGCAGCAGAUACCUGCAAGUGAUGACUCAAAACCUGUAGAUGUUUCACGGCUUGAUCUUCGUAUUGGUUGCAUCACAACAGUGAAGAAGCACCCAGAUGCUGAUUCCCUGUAUGUGGAGGAGGUUGAUGUUGGAGAAGGAAAUCUUAGAACAGUUGUCAGCGGUUUAGUGAAACAUGUUCCUCUAGAACAGAUGCAGAACCGGAUGGGAAUAUUUCUUUGUAACCUGAAACCAGCCAAAAUGAGAGGAGUGGUGUCUCAGGCUAUGUUGAUGUGUGCCAGCUCACCAGAAAAGGUGGAGAUUCUGGCACCUCCUAGCGGGGUUGUUCCUGGAGAGAGAGUCACAUUUGAAGGUUUUCUAGGUGAACCUGAAAAAGAACUUAAUCCCAAGAAGAAAAUCUGGGAGCAGAUCCAGCCUGACCUUCACACUAAUGACCAGUGUGUUGCUACAUACAAAGGAGUACCAUUUGAAGUGAAAGGAAAAGGAGUAUGCAAGGCUGCUACAAUGGCUAACAGUGGGAUCAAAUGAAUUCUGGAAAUCAGUUCUGGAAAAGCUUGAGGUCCUUUCAAAUGGAAACUAUUGUGAACACAAUUAAAAACAAAUAUUGCCUCACCA